AUGAAUUCUUAUCGUCCUCGUAAUACACGCUUACAACCAAAUCAGGUCUCAUCGAUUUACAGAAAAAGUAACAACAGCGAAUCUACCUUGACAUCAUCAACGGAUAUACAGAUGAAACGUAUGCAGAACAAUCGAAUUACGAACAAUGAAGAUACACGAAAGGAAAAUAUCAGGAACCCAAAUACAAAAAAAAAGCUUCGAAUGAAAUGUUCUGUCAAACAAAUUACAUGUUGUCUUUGCUUGAUCAUCACUCUUGCUCUAUUGGGAAGUGUAAUCAUUGGUUCUUUACUUGCCAUUCUUUUACCGCAUAAAACCACUCUGUCGACGUCAACAACGACUGCUACCACAGCAACAUCAACUACAUCAACGUCGACUACUUCAACUUCGUCAACAAGUUCUACGACCAGUACAAGUUCAACAUCAAGUACCUCGAGUACUAGUUCGACUACGUCAACAAGUACUACCAGCAGUACGAGUUCGACAUCGAGUACUUCGAGUACUAGUUCAACUUCAUCAACAAGCACUUCAACCACUAGUACGAGUACGUCGACAAGUACUUCGAGCACUAGUUCGACUUCAUCGACAAGUGCCACAACUAGUACGACUUCAACGACAAGCACUACAACCUCGACAACCUCAUCGACAAGUACUACAUCAACAACAACGACACCAUCAUGUGGCAGUGUUAGCAAUCCUCCAGGAGAAAUUUUGGAUCUGCUCUCGAAAUCUGCGCCGAACACGUAUACACAUUACACUUAUAAUUUCAUGGCAAAUGACUCUUCAUCGACUCUGUCGUUUAUAGUAACGGGUGAUGCUGGAGGAGGAGGUGGAUACUAUUGGUUAUUAGACGAUGUAUCUGUGAAUGAUUUAAACACAAGCACAAAUGUUCUUAUUAAUGGGGAUUUCGAAAUGGGAAAUUUAAAUGGCUGGUCACAGUAUUGUAACAACGAUGCCAAUUGUAAAAAUACGGGUUAUUAUGCCCAUACGACAACAAAUUCAUGUCGUUCAGGAAACUAUUGUGUUUAUGAUUCAUGUCAAAAUUAUGAUUAUCUAUAUCAAUCUUUUUCUACUGUGAUUGGAAAUUACCAUCUUAUAUCGUAUUAUCUCAGAUGUGGUGCUACUGGCGGAAAUGAGCGAAUAUAUGUCACAUUAACCUAA